AUGGAGGCCAGCACAAUUUCUGUCCAGGAUUCGGAAGCGAUUAUUCGCGCUUGUACAUAUCACAGGCAUGAAUUUGACAGGCUUCUAAUUCAAACACCUAAAACCAAACUCCAAGCGCCCUUUCUGCAAACCUCUUUCAGACCGUCUUCUCCUUCGGGGCUUGGCAUUCUAAGACAUUUACCCGACGAGUUGGUGCUGAUGAUACUUCGCGAACUCGAUAUCGUCUCUUAUCUUCGAUUUAGGGGAGUCAACAACCGUGCCCGAAGCAUCGCAACCAAUUCUAUCGACUAUAAAACUGUCGUGAGACAUGGGAUGGGAGGACUGAAAGCGCUGCUCAAGGUUCGACUGGGGUAUCUCUUCACCAUCACUAGGCUUCACCAAGUCCUCGUGAGCCGCGAAUGCGAAUUCUGUGGAAAGUUUGCAACCUUCCUAUAUCUCAUCACAUGCCAGCGCUGUUGCUUCACAUGCCUGCAAAUCUCGUCUGAGCUCCACACUCUACCAAUACCGAUUCCGAAAGAGUUUGCCAAAGCUGUGAAGAAAACAGCAGAAGAAAUCGAAAGAGUCUGUGAGCCGAGAUCAUGCGUUGUUUAUGGCAAAUACUCUCUCGAACCCUGGCCCAGAGUCACCAGACCAAAGUGGCUGGCUCAGGCAAAGCCGGCUAUCGAGAAGCUGGAGUCGCUCGAUGGUUCCCGCAAAAUUCCCAAGCUGGUUUUGGAUCAUCUACCGGAACAUCAGGUCCGUAACGAGGCAACUCACCAUUACUGCUACCGAUACAUGGCGGCAACUGCUUUUCCAUCCUAUGAUUCAAAUCGGGACCAGCUCGAGCAUGGCAUCAGCUGUAAAGGCUGUCAGUUUCGUCUUGAGGAAUAUGUCCGUGAGACCGACAGCUCAAUAGAACCGCCAUGGGGGCUCAAUGACCGAGAUCGAGUAUAUUCGACAGAAGAGUUUAUGUGUCACUUCAGAUCUUGCGAACAUGCCCAGAAGGUAUGGGCCGAUACCUUGGAGACUGGUGAGGCCCCAUUGACCAAAUUCAUACGAGAUGGUGGUACCGUUAUCUCACACGAGAGGCAUCUGAGGUACGAGCUCUAUUAG